AUCGCUGGUGCACGCCUUCCCCGGGAACACUUUCCACUUGGAGCCCCGCCCAGGUUCCGCCCCCCACGUUUAGGAUUCGUCAGGCGCCAGCCAAUCCCGCUUGGCCCUCAUUGCCAUGGUGACUGUUACCUCGGGUCCGAACAGGCUAGGCCGCACUCAAUCCAGAGGCUCUGCCAUCGCUGCAGCGGGAUUCUGGAAGGAAGGAUGAGGUCCUCCCUGCCGCCUUGGGGACCUCCUGUGAGCCGGGACCGCAUCAUCACCUGUCUCCCUAAGUGGUACACACCUCAGGCCUGCCUACAGCUCAAGGAGCACUUCCAUGGGCAAGUUAGUACGGCCUGCCAGCGCAGGAACACGGGCACUGUCGGGCUCAAACUCUCCAAGGUGGUUGUCCUGGGUGACCUCUAUGUGGGCAAGACCAGCCUCAUACACAGGUUUUGCAAGAAUGCUUUUGACCGUGACUACAAGGCUACCAUUGGGGUUGACUUUGAAAUUGAGCGCUUUGAGAUCGCUGGGAUUCCCUAUGGCAUCCAGAUCUGGGACACUGCAGGACAAGAGAAGUUCAAGUGCAUUGCAUCUGCUUACUACCGGGGUGCCCAAGUGAUCAUCACAGCAUUUGACCUCACUGAUGUGCAGACUCUGGAGCAUACCAGGCAAUGGCUGGAAGAUGCUCUCAGAGAGAAUGAGCCAGGCUCCUGCUUCGUGUUUCUGGUGGGAACCAAGAAGGACCUUUUGUCAGGUGCUGCAUGCGAGCAAGUGGAAGCAGAUGCCGUGCGCCUGGCCAAUGAGAUGCAGGCUGAGUACUGGUCGGUGUCUGCCAAGACAGGGGAGAAUGUGAAGUCAUUCUUCAGCCGUGUAGCUGCCCUGGCAUUUGAGCAGUCAGUGCUGCAGGACCUGGAGCGAAGGAGCAGUGCCCGGCGCCAGGUCGGCGAUGAAGACCUCAUCCGAAUGGAGGAAUGUUCAGCCGAGACCACAGAGAACAGGAGGUCUUCAAGUGUGAGUUGCUGCUAGCUGUGUCACAUGCCUUGACUACCCUUGUGCAUUGGCAGUGGUUCCUGUGUCUGGAACAAACAACAUGGAGCCUGAACUCAGUCAUGUGACUGCCCAAUUACUAUGCUGAGCCUAAGAAGUCACUUUCCUUUAGCAGACUGGGGCCAGGCAAGACCUCUGCCAACUGCCCGGUUGGGGCCAUAACUGUAGCUGUCAGUGGAAGGCUAAUUGUUUUUUGGGGGUCACCAGAAAAUCUCCCUCGUCUUUGAGACUUCAGACACAGGGUAUGUCUCUCAUCAUAGCUCAUAUCCCUUGCCCUCAGCAUAUAUCAGCACUCCAUCUGAUCAUCUCCCUAGCUCUGGAUUGACCUCUGAGUGUUUCUUAACCAAGUGGUAUAGACAAACAGGACUUAUGAAGAGUCAGUGCCUGAGGAGAAAGCUACUACUUGCCACAUCUGUAUGGGACUUUGCUAUUUAUAGCAGGACUGAUAGUUCUGGGCCUUCCUACUACUGGUAUGGGGCAUUCCUGCUCCUCUCUAGAAAAGGAGAGUGAAGAGAGCCCCAAGGGCCCUUUCAGGCAAUCUUCCUGCCCUCCUGGUGAGUGGAUGAACACAGAACAAGCCACUGUCACUGGCCCAUCUGGACAAUGAGUCAGCCUAAACACUCAGGGUGAAGGAAACGGCAUCAUGGACUCUAGCCAUGAUUGUGGUUAUAGCCCUUCAUCAUCAAGGCACUGUCUUUGGCUGCCACCAGUCACCCAGAUCCUGCCGAGGCUGGUUCCACUCCUCUCCCAUCAGCCUUUGAGCAAGAAAGCACUGGGCAUGGAACCUUUGUGAUGGCAUUCUUGUUUUCCAUGUGCCUCACUCCAUGCCAUUACCUGGUGCCUUCACGCCCACCUGCCACACACAUAUUACUGGCCACCUUGUGCCACAGGCCAGUGGGCACAUCCCAUAUGCCUCCCAUAUGCCUCACUUUGAUGGUGAGCUUUUGAGAAACAUCUGUUCACUCAGCACUAUAUUUCAGAGUCCCAAAUAAGACUUGACAUAUCAUACUUUUCCAGUGAAUGGCUGUCAGCUCAGAACUGCCAAUUAUUGAUGGAGCAAGAACCUUGGCAUCUUUGUUUACUUCCUCUUCACCAUCUUUUUAUUUUAUUCUUUUUUAAAUAGAAAAUAUUG